GAAAAGGUGCAUCCGGUUCGUUUAAAUUAUCAGUGGCUGCCAAUAAAUCAAGUAAAUCCGGUGAAGGUAAAUCGAAGUCAAAAGCGGUAAAAUCUAUCGAGAAGAAGCCCAAAAAGAAAUCGACAGAUGGUGUAGCGUCAAAAAAGAAGGCAGCGGUUGGCGGUAAGAAAAUAAGUGGCGAGAAAAAAGUGAAGAAAACUGUUACUAGCAAGAAAACAGCGGAGAAGAAGAAAAGUGAAAAAGCCAAACCGAAAGAUGCAAAAAAGACUGGAUCAGUUAAAGCCAAACCAGCUAAAGCUAAAUCGUCUCCGAAUAAAGCAAAGGCAUUAAAAGCUAAAACACCUAGUGUCAAAACCAAGAAAGCAGCG